GCAACCAAAGUUAGCACGACGACGACAUUAAUGCCGCGUUUUAUUCUUCUACGAUAUGAUUUUAACUCUUCCAAUGUUUCCAGGAUAGUUUAGCCACAUCGCUUACAUCAUGUGCACGUUAAAGACGCUCAGAGCGUUUGUGAAUCAGCGACUAAAUGUCGCCGUGGAAGAAAUAUUUGUAGUGUUAGAAAGAACGAUAGCGGAAUACGAGGAGGAACUUUCUAGAACAAAAGAGGAGAAGGAGCGACAGCAUCAACUACUGGACGCUGUUACCGAGAAACACCAAGUUGUGUUACACGGAGCAGGUGUCAGUAAAGAAUGUCCUCUUCAGCUGCAACUGUGGCCCUCUAGGAAGGAACAGGAGGAGUCACAGCCCCCCCACAUUAAAGAGGAAGACGAGGAGCACAGAAUCAGUCCGGAGGAGGCUGACGUCACCAAGUGUCCAGUGAUUGAUGUCAUCCUGAAGAGUGAAGGUGAUGAGGUCAAAGGUGAAAGUGAGGAGAAGAGCAGCAGCUCAACACAACACAUGACAACAGAAGCUGAUGGAGACCACUGUGGAGGAUCACAAGCAGACAAGAUCUUAGCUCCACUAUCAGAUAGUGAGGACACAACGUCACACUCUCCUGACACUGAUGAUGAAGACUCUAAAGAAGAUAAGACAUGUCACACUGACAACACUCACUUCAAAUGUUCUCUAUGCGACAAAACCUUUGGCCACAAAAAGAAUCUGGGUAGACACAUGAGAUAUCACACAGAAGAGAAACCAUUCAUGUGCGCGUUCUGCGGCAAAAGAUUCUCCCAGAAGGCACAUUUGACCGGUCACGUGAGAAUACACACCGGAGAGAAACCCUUUUCCUGCUCAGUCUGCGGCAUACGCUUCCGACGGAAUCAGGAUUUAAAGGAACACGCGCGAAUACACACGGGGGAGAAACCCUUUCCUUGCUCGGUGUGCGGCAAGCGGUUCACUAAAAGGCACGGUCUAAAGAGACACAUAAGAACGCACACCGGAGAGAAACCUUUCCCUUGCUCCGUGUGCGGUAAAAGGUUUUCUAAAAAUGACGGUUUGAAGAGACACGCGAGAAUCCACACUGAAGAGAAACUUGAAAACACUUUUUAAAAAUGAGGCUAGAUAAUAUUUCUAAUACUGUGAUGAGAUGGCGACUUGUCCAGGGUGUACCCCGCCUUCCGCCCGAUUGUAGCUGAGAUAGGCUCCCGCGACCCUGAAGGGAAUAAGCGGUAGAAAAUGGAUGGAUGGAAUAUUUCUAAUAAGAAAAUAAGCGAUAAUUGUCGAGUAAUCAGUAGGAAUAUCCUCCUGAUCUUUUGUGCUCAAUAAUCGGGGUGUAACGAUACCAAAAUCACACUGUACGAUACCAUCAAGGUCUUAGGUACGAUAUCAUUGUGGUAUAUGUCCAAAAAAAUGACAUUGAGAGAGACAAAGCGACAGAAAAUGGAUGGAUUGAGGAUGUAUCAAGUAGCUUUUUCAAUUCCCCUUUAUUCCCCAUCGCCUUUGAUUACAAAACAGUUAAAAGAAAAGGUCGUAAAACAGUUUCAAGAAAAGGUGCCUGUAGAUCUCGAAUCAAGACAAGAUCUUCCUGUGGAUUACAAUACAUCAAAGAAACAGAACACCGUCAUGUUGCUUCCCAUCCUACACAGUGGAGUUUUACAAGCCUUCUUUCUUGGUAGGAUCAAAGACAGCUUUUGUCCUCUAGCAGGGCGAGCUGAACUCAAUGUAACACAACAGUUUUGUGAUAACUUAGAUACAAUUAUUCGGACACUGGGAGCAGGUGGGUAAAGUGUCUUGCCUCAAGGACACGACGGCAGUGACUAGGCUCGCAGAAGCGGGGAUCGAACCUGGAGCCCUCAAGUCACUCUACCAACCGAGCAAUGCCGCCCCACCUCGGGGAACGUGCUUUAUCAGUAUCAUGCUUCAAAAAAGCUGUGCACUACAAACAUUGUAGCCAUCAAUCCUGACUUCCUCAUUUUGUUUAGUACAAACUAUUAUAUUGAUUUUGUGUGUUUUAUAUGUUGUGCUCCUGAGGUAAUGUUGCUGAUCAAUUUGAAUACGUUGAUUACAUUUUUCAAGCCAAUGAAAACAUUUUUUUUAUUU